AUUUUAUAGCUGACAAUACAACUUCCACGCAAGUAGCUAUAUUGCGAUAAAAUAAAAAGUUUUUCCUUGUAUGAUAAUAACAAGACACAUCUGAUAUGUCCGCAAUUGACAAUGUCAACAUCGGCGCAUGUCCUUCACCUACAACAGGGUCAGCUCCUGCUAUAUUUGCGUCAGCUUUUACUUACUUUGCAGCUUCGCAAUGUCUCAUUACAGAAGACUGGCCACCAGAUUCACCCAUUGGAAGUCAGGAAGAAUUUGACUUCAUCAUAGUAGGAGCAGGAUCAGCUGGUAGUGUCGUAGCAAACCGACUCAGUGAAGUAAAAAGUUGGAAUGUGCUACUAAUUGAGGCUGGGGAUGAUCCACCCGCUGAAAGCAUAAUUCCAGCUUUAAGUGGACAGCUAUACGGUAGCCAGUAUGACUGGAAUUAUAGAACAGAAAAUAACGGCAGGACCAGUCAAGCUGUUACAAAUGGAUCUGUUUGGUGGAAUCGAGGUAAAAUGCUCGGAGGCAGCAGCAGUAUAAAUGCUCUCAUAUAUUUCAGAGGAAAUGAACACGAUUACCAAGAAUGGUUUGACGAAGGCAAUUUUGAGUGGCAUCCUGAUAUUGUACUGCAAUAUUUUAGAAAAGCUGAAAGCCUCCAGGACUACAAAUUACUUCAAAGUUUCGGACUUAAUCAUUUUUAUGGUGAAAAUGGACCUCUUGUAGUGAACUCAUUCAACAGCACUAAAAAAGCAAUUCUUAAUGACGUAUUGGGUGCGUGGGAUGAAAUUGGAAUUAGAAACGUACCUGAUUUGAACGCGGCAAAUGUCAUGGGAUCUAGCUAUUUCAGAGGCACUGCAUCUGAUGGAAAGAGAAACAGUGCUGCUAAAGCAUACCUGAACCCAAUACAAGACAGGAAGAAUUUGAAGAUCGUAAAGAAUAGUUUAGUUACAAAAGUAUUGAUUAACACAGAAACUAAAGUGGCGAAUGGUGUUGUAAUAGAGCGUGAUGGUAAAACACAAAGAAUAUUAGCUAACAAAGAGGUAAUUAUAAGUGCUGGUGCUAUAAAUACUCCUCAAUUGCUGAUGCUUUCUGGAAUAGGUCCGAAAGAUCAUUUGGAUAGCUUGGGUAUUAAAAACAAUGUCGAUUCACCCGCUGUAGGUAAGAACUUACAGGACCAUUUAGUCGUUCCAGUAACCAUAUACGGAGAUGAAGAUCGAUUUCCUGAUACGGCAGAUAUACAGUUUGAUGCAAUAAGGUAUCUUUAUGAUCGGAAAGGAUACUUAGGUCAAACUAGCAUUGAUAGCGUAUCUGCAUUUUACUCCAUAGAUCACACUUACACUUACCCACAAUUUCAGAAUCAUCUCGGAAUAUCUCCUCAAAAUGGUACUAUGGGGCCUUACCUUUUUGAAAAUGUAUAUAAAUACAAACCGUCAGUUGUUCAAUCAGUUAGCGAAUUAAAUGCAAAUCACGGUCUAUUUAUUUUUUUGUUCAAUUUACUACAUCCAUUUUCAAAAGGUCAAAUAACUCUGCGAAGUAAAGAUCCUAAGGAUUACCCACUUAUUUAUGCGAACUACUUUGGUGAUCCACGAGACCUGGAGUUUUCCGUGAAAGGUAUAAAAAAACUUACAAACAUCGUGCAUACGGAUUAUUUCAAAUCUAUUGGGGCAUUUGUAGGUCGAAUUAAAUGGCCUGAGUGCGAUCACUUUGAGCUUGAUAGCGAAGAAUAUUGGAAAUGUAUUUGUAUUAAUUUUGUUGUGACGAUUUACCAUCCUGUUGGUACCGCUAAAAUGGGUAUAGAUCCUCAUACAUCAGUGGUAGACAGUCGUUUAAGAGUGCAUGGCGUGCAUGGCCUUCGUGUAGUAGAUGCCAGUGUCAUGCCGUCACUAACCAGUGGCAACACUAAUGGACCAGUAAUCAUGAUCGGAGAAAGAGCAUCAGAUCUGAUCAAAGAAGAUUACGGGAAAAUAUUUUCGUCCAACUAUAUAAAUAUGAAAUGAUAAAAUUUUUGACGCUGGUCGUUAAUGUUAUAGGUAUGUAACAGAAGGCGGUGUUUAUAACAAAAUUUGUUCAUGUUACAUUUAGACAAGAAAGGUUAUACUAAUCACAAACGCAAUCCGUUAACAACUGUUUUGUUGAUUUGUCAAACAACAAAAGUAGGAGAUUAUGUACCUUAUAACUAUAAGUAAUGUAAUUAUAUAUUUAUUUCCUUUGUGAUUAAUAUGCGUAUGCAGACGCUAUGUACGUUUUAAUGAACUUCGUGCAAUAUAAUUUAUUUAGAAUCCAUGUUGUAACGUAAUACUAUUUUCACAGAAAUUUUCAUUUUAUUCUUUUAAGAAAUCGUAUAUAAUAAAAAGAAAAAUAAACAAAGAAUUAUAAAAUUUAAAACUCAACUGCUUAGUUAAAUUAAACAAAAUAAGUGUAUAUUGACCUCAAAAACUGCCAAAAAUUGGUAAAAGCCCCUGACUUCUCUAGUCGAUGUCAUAAUAUAACCAUUAUAAUAUUACCAUUAUAAUAUCUACACCGCAGUGGAGCAGCGUGGUGGAGUAUGCUCCAUACCAUUCCGAUUGAUUGAGGGGAGCCUUGUGCCCGGCAGUGGGACGUAUAUAGGCUAUUUAUGUUAUGUUGUUAUAAUA